AUGAUAGGUGAGAGGAGACCUGAUAUAAUGUUUAAAAUACUCAAGGGAAUUGACAUAAUGGAAAAAGAGGAAAUGAUUACAAUCAAUACCAGUAGAACAAGAGAGCGUGGAUGGAAGGUUGAAACACAGAUAAUUCAUAGAGAUAUCCAGUCAGCCGAGCAGUCAGUCGGGAUUGGAGCAAGUCGGCCUAGUCUGAAGGCCGUCUGUAUUCGCUCGGUCAAGUUUGAACUUGAUUAUCCGAUGCAUUCUGGAGUUAUAGUGGAUUACCAGCAUACGCUCGCGCACACCACCAACUCCGACUUCUGCAGUUUCCUGGACUGGUUCCUGGAUCUGUCUCUGGACUGGUUCCUGGACUUGCCUCCGGACUGGUUCCUGGAUCUGUCUCUGGACUGGUUCCGGGACUUGCCUCCGGACUGGUUCCUGGACCUGCCUCUAGACUGGUUCCUGGACCUGCCUCUGGACUGGUUCCUGGAUCUGUCUCUGGACUGGUUCCUGGACUUGCCUCUGGACUGGUUCCUGGACUUGCCUCUGGACUGGUUCCUGGACCUGCCUCUGGACUGGUUCCUGGACCUGCCUCUGGACUGGUUCCUGGACCUACCUCUGGACUGGUUCCUGGACCUGCCUCUGGACUGGUUCCUGGAUCUGUCUCUGGACUGGUUCCUGGACUUGCCUCUGGACUGGUUUCUGGACCUGCCUCUGGACUGGUUCCUGGACCUGCCUCUGGACUGGUUCCUGGACCUGCCUCUGGACUGGUUCCUGGGCCUGCCUCUGGACUGGUUCCUGGACCUACCUCUCGACUGGUUCCAGGAUCUGUCUCUGGACUGGUUCCUGGACUUUCCUCUGGAUUGGUUCCUGGACCUCCCUCUGGACUGGUUCUUGGACUUGCCUCUGUACUGGUUCCUGGACCUGCCUCAGGACUGGUUCCUGGACCUUCGUCUGGACUGGUUCCAGGACCUGCCUCUGGACUGGUUCCUGGACCUCCGUCUGGACUGGUUCCAGGACCUCCCUCUGGACUGGUUCCAGGACCUGCCUCUGGACUGGUUCCAGGACCUGUCUCUGGACUGUUUCCUGGACAUGCCUCUGGACUGGUUCCUGAACCUGCCUCUGGACUGGUUCCUGGACCUUCGUCUGGACUGGUUCUAG